GAAAUAUCAAACUCAUACAUAGAAAAUAAAUAAGAAGAAUUUAGAAACCCUAACCAUCAUGUCUCCAAAAUCAAAGGCUAAAGCUAUGUUCAUCAUCUUCAAAAUAUUAAUGUUAAAUCUUUUGCCACCAAUAUAUGCAUGUGGGCCAUGCACUACGCCACGUUACCCCAAAGGGCCGCCCCAUCACGGAGGAGGCCGGCCGAAAGUGUCGCCUCCGCUGCCGCCAAUCAUAAUCAACCCUCCGGUGGUACCGCCACCGGUGGUGAUAUACCCUCCACCAAUCUCACCGCCAUACCCGCCGCCGCACGGUGGUGGUGGUUCUCCUCCACAAAGGACAUGCCCAGUUGAUGCCCUAAAAUUGGGGCUUUGCUUGGAUGUGCUUGGAGGAUUGGUGCAUGUGGGAAUAGGGAACCCAGUUGAGAACGUGUGCUGUCCAGUUAUACAAGGGUUGCUUGAUCUUGAAGCUGCAAUUUGUCUUUGCACCGUUAUUAGGGCUAAGCUUCUUAACCUCAGCAUCUUCCUUCCUAUUGCACUUCAAGUCUUGGUCACUUGCGGGAAGACUCCUCCUCCUGGUUUUGUUUGUCCACCGCUGUAUUAAACCACUGCAUGCACUACUUCAUACUACCCCAAUACUCAAGCCUAUAUAGUUCUAGUUAGUUACUACUUACUACUAGAUUAAUAUGUCUUUAUCUUUUCUAUUAGGGUUUAUGUAAUGACUCUUAUUUCGUUUUAUGUGUAUGAGUUUACGCUUUAAUUAAUUAUAUACUUCUCAGGAUUUACUGCUAAGUUUUCCUGUUACGAAUUUGAGGGUUGUAGUUUCUUUGCUAUAAAGUUCGUUUAAUGUUGUUACUGCUA